AUGAGGUCCGAGGGGCCGGAGGAUCCGGGGGGUCCCGGGGGUCCCGGGGGGGCGCCGGAGGCCCAGGCGGGGGCCGCGGGGACGGAGGGGGCCGGCGGGCCGUGCUGCCGGCGGAGGCGGCGGGGCGGGCGGCCCGGGGGGCAGCGGCAGGCGGCCAAUGCCCGGGAGCGGGACCGCACCCACAGCGUCAACACGGCCUUCUCGACGCUGCGGACCCUCAUCCCCACGGACCCCGCGGACCGCCGCCUCUCCAAGGCGGAGACCCUGCGCCUGGCCUCCAGCUACAUCGCGCACCUGGCCGGAGUGCUCCGCCAGCCGGACCCCGGCCCACCGAGCCCCGGCGGACCCUGCCCCGGCCCCCCGGUCCCCGGCGGACCCUGCCCCGGCCCCGGCCCGCCCUCGACCUGUCCGGAAACCACCCCCUCGGAGCCGGGCCUGCACUGCCAGCCGCAGAGGCCGGGCGGAGUCCCCAGACCCAUCUGCACCUUCUGCCUCAGCGACCGGAGGAAGCGGGUAAGACCCCCGCUCCCGGCCCGGCCCUCGAGUCCCUCCGUCCCCCAUGCCAUCCCAUUCCAUCCCAUCCCGUCCUAUCCCACCGGGCCCGUCCAGCAGGAUUCCCUGCCCUGCCUCGGCUCGCCCCGCUCCCGCUAA